GGAAUAUUUUGUUUUUUUUGGUAUUUUAGAUUUUUUGGUGAACAGUGCUAAGGCUGAUCUAACCUUGAUGGAUAAUGACUUGAAUACAUCAUUGCACUUGGCUAGCAGUAAAGGUCAUGAAAAAUGUGCCUUGUUGAUACUUGACAAGAUACAAGAACCGAGCCUUAUUAAUGCAAAAAACAAUGCAUUGCAAACACCUCUUCAUAUUGCUGCACAGAAUGGCUUGAAGAUGGUAGUUGAGGAAUUGUUAGCAAAGGGGGCAUGUGUACAGGCAGUAGAUGAAAAUGGUCAUACACCAGCCCUGGCUUGCGCUCCUAACAAAGACGUGGCUGACUGCCUGGCACUCAUUUUGGCUACCAUGAUGCCUUUUUCUCCUUCCAGUACAAUGACGCCGCUCAACUUCGUUUCUUUUAAAAAAGACCACUUGAGUAGGACUCUUCUCUGCAAUAGCUCCAAUAUGAGCAACCCUCUUGACUCAUAUAGUAAAACCUUAAUGAAUGAUGAAGGAGCAGAAAAUGGAUACAAUGACAAUGAUUCCGAUUCCGAAACCUUUUGACUUUUUAACAUUCAGUGCCCCUUCCUUGAUUGCAUUUGCAUUUAAUCUGAAAUUUUCUUUAGAAACACCUGGAUUUCACCUCACCUUCAUUUAUGAAUUGAGAACAGCAAAGACUAAAAUUUGCAAUUAAAUAGAGCCUUUUAGAAAAUUUAAGGAUUUUUUUGUUUUUUUUGUUUUAGUGCACUCUAGUUAAUGUUUUGCUUCCAGCACUGCUGUGCUUUCCAUAAAUUCUAAGGGCUCCUCUGGAAGUCUCUACCUCCUAUUAUAUGCAGAAAAAAGAAGCUGCCUUUUUCUGUUUUGACAGCACAAGUAAACAGGGAACUGUUAUGUCUAUAUUAAUAUGUUAGCUAUAUUAAACUGCUGAUAUAAAGUCAUUAUUCAAGUAGGGUGCUUCUGGAUUGUCAGAAGACCUUCCCAUAUCGAGUAUCUCUUGUAUAGAUAUAUAGUCUUCAUUUGUAGGUAUUUUUGUUAUAAAAACCAAAGGUAAAGCCACAUAGUUUGAUUUGGGUUUGAACAAAUACUGCCAACACCACCAUUUUCUGUGGCAAUCCAGACUUCUAAAUUCAUCACAGUAAUACCCAAUAGGUGUUUUAAAACAAUAGGUAUGUGCUGCUUCCAUUUGCAAUUUAAAAUCAUUAGGAUCAAAUCUUGUUUGCCUCAUCACAACAUACCCACCUGCGGCUGCAGCAAAGAGAUUAUUGUAAAGGCAGAUGAGAUUUGCCUUAUUUUUGUUACCAUUCAGCACAAGCAUGCAUGCUUUAUUUGCACUCUCCAAGUACGGAUCCUUGGGAACUUGUCUUACCUGUGCUGUCCAGCAAUUAUUUGUUUUAGGAAAAAACCAGUUCUAAAUAUAAUGCCUAAUGCACCUAAAUGUUUCACCCUGCUCAUUUGAAUUGACUUUUUGUUAUCUUUAUGUGUAAUGUGAUUUUUAUCAUACGCGUUGUCUGACUUUUUUUGGGAAGUAUACGAGAUAGAUUACAGUCCUUCAUAUUUAUCAUUGCUGUGCUAAGAUGCAAACAGGAGACAAAACCAAAACAUGAAGUGGAAAAGUUAAGUAAUCAUACAGAAGGGAACUGUACUAAACAGUCCUGCUGGCAUCAAUUUACUUUUUAAACAUUUGCAUUAUGAAUAUCUACUCCUUCUGCCAAAGCUUCUAGGUCAAACGGACCCUUUUCCUCGCCCGAGAAAGGUGUACAGAAAGAAGAGUGAGACUCUUAAAAUAUAAAGAACUAACCAGCUAUACCACGAGGACCAAAAGGCUUCAGAAGACUUUAUUAUUUUUUUAAUAAUGCAAGAGGGGGGGAAAAAAAUCAAGUAACUUUUCUAAUCAACAAUGCACAAAUAGUGUUUUCUGUAAUUAAGAGUCUUGGGUUAUUUCUAGUAGAUACUUCGACAUUUGUAACCAAUGAUGAUGAUGUGUUGAUCACAGUUUAUUUUUCCAGGCUAGUGUUCGUACUUUUAAUGUUAAAUGUGUUUAUAUUUAUUUGAAAUGAAACAAGUGCCCAGAAAAAAUUGACCAUGGUUUGUCCUCCUUCUUAAUUCUAUAAUGUGUUACUAGCUAUGAAUUUAAGCAAAUUUAGUAUGCUGGGUUUGAUGGAACAAAUGCACAGAGUUAUCAUUUUCAGCUCUUAUGCAGCCAGCUGGGAAUAGUUUCAUGCAUAUUUUGUCAAAUGCAGUGGAGGCGUAUAUUGCAUACUAUUUGUUGGCAGAGCAGAGGAAAACAUAUAAAGGAAAAAAAAAUGUGUGAUUUAGUCUUUAAAAGGAUGGUGGUGAAAAUUUGUCAAUGUUCUAAAUUGUGGAAUCAAGAGGGAUGUGUCCUUCCUUGUUUAUGGAAGCAAAAUACUUUUUAAAAAACUGAAACAGAACAGAUCGUAGACUAUCUGCUGCUUUAUUAUCUAUUCUACACAGAUAUUUGAAAUAAUUUAACAUAACCACUCAUUGCUAUAUGUCAAAGUACGUUAAAGACAGAAUAUGUGAAUUUAUUCUUGGAUGAUCAGUAAAACGUAACGAAGUUUCUCUUUGCUUCUAUAAACAAGAUUUGCCGGGAAAAACUUCCAUCUUGAGACUGCACCUUUAUCUAAGUCAAAUGUAUUUUCAUUCUGGGCUAUACAUUGCAAAAAAAAAUAGAAACCAGACAUCUUGCAUUGUAAUGGAAGUUAUGAAACAUUUCCAAUUUGAAACAACUGUUUCUGCACAAUAUUGUGCUGAUUUCACUGAAACUGUUCUGUACGGCGCUGUACCAGUAUUUGAAGAAGUGUUACAAAUUCAAAAUGCUUUGCACAUAUCUAAAAUGUAAUCCUCGUAGGGGACUCUUUAUUCUCAGACAGGUGACAAUGUUCCUCAGUUUUCAGCCAUUUUGUAGUUACACUCGCAAACAAAAAUGCCUUUAAUGAAAAGGUACCACUAACACUGACUGAAACUCUCAGUUGUUCCUUUUUUAAACUCCCAGCCAGUGUAUUGAGAGGAAAAAUUCCCAGCAAAAUACCAAAAGAAAAACUAGGAUCAGAAAUAUCCCCAUGAAUCAAUUGAUCUUUCUGCCACAUGACUGAUUUUUUUUUGUCCCAACUACUGAUUAACAUAUCAGAAAUUAAAUUUUCUCCCACAAUAUAAAUAAGCACAAAGUUAGGCACUUCUAUUCUAGGAACAUUUACUACCCCAAGCUCUAUUUGAAUUUAGGGAGAGGGGUGUCAAUCUCACGGCUCGCGGGCCAGAUGCGUCAUGUGCUGGCCAUGCCCACCCAUUUUAGCAAAGGGGGGGGGAGUCUUGAUACAUCACGUGACAACAAGGUGAUGCCGCAGGUUUGACACCCGUGAUUUAGGGUAAUAAAAUAUUCUCCAGUUGUUUUUCAAUUUGAUCCAUGAUUAUUAACAAAAUUCUCCAUCAUGAUAUAGACUUUCAACCAGAUCUUAGAGAAGUUUUUUCAUCCUACAAUUUGCAUUCUGUAGCAAGGAUAAAAUAAAAAGAGACUAUUUUUCUUAAGAACGCAAGUGUGUAUAAAUUGUUACGGGCCUCUAAAAUACAAAAUGGUAAUUACGAGUUUUUAAGAAAAAGGCAAUAUUUAUGCUCACAUUUUGAAAUUACAAUAUUAGCAUAUAUGUAUUUUUAAAUGAUAUUUGUACAUGACUAGGAACUAUAAUAUAGGGGCCCUCAGUAGUUAUUGCCUUGAUUCCUAUUAAAUAUGGAGGAUGUUAAAUCCUGUCGUGGAUUUUAAGGUGUUUGUUAAAUUCUGAGGACUACUGGAUGUUCCUUAAAACCCACAAUUAAAGUUUUGCAGUGAAUCUAUGGAUGCUUCCCAGGAGAAAGAUCUUAAUCAUUUAUAAAAAGUAGUUUUACAUGGUAGUUGAUUUUUUUUUUAAAGAAAAGGAAAUGAAAGAAAUGAGGAAAAUGUAGAAAGAUCACUUUAUUUUCUUGACUGUUCAGCAAAAAUUUCACUUGGAUAUCACCCAGGGCUGAACAAGUCACAAACUUUAUUAAUGAACCAAUAAUUAGAAUACUUUAUAGAGCAUAGUAGCCCAAUUAUACAGCAUUUCAGGAAGUGAGAGAUUACUGUAUGUUCUAAAUGUGCUUUAAGAAGAAAAGGCUAAUGUUGAGUAAUUUCUCUGUGUUAAAAUCUUUUGGCAUAGAACAGUGUUUUUUUUAAAAAAAAAAAAAAAAAUCUCAGGAUCUCUUCUCGCUUUUGAAAAUCAUGGAAGACUCCAAAAGAACUUUUGGCUGAAUGGACUAUAUUUAAUCUAUCUUUACUAUAUUAAGAAUUAAAAUUGACACUCUUGCUUCUCGUGAUUGUUGAUGGGAUUUUAAUACUGUAUUAUUUUUCAAUCCAGGUGGGCAAAUAAUUUUGAUUUUAUAGACUUGAGGGGACACCCCCCCCUCAAGGGUCCUAAGACCACACUUUAAUAAAUUCUGAUAUAGAAGAACCGAGAGGUUUCAUGCAUUGGACCCACACUCUAUAAUUUUACAUUAUGAUUUUUAUUAGGUAGCAGAACUCAGCUAUAGCCCCAGAGGAUUCCCUAAUUUUCCACUUUUUACAUUAGAGCUUGGGGACAGGCUGUUUUCUUGUUGGUGGGAACUCUCACCUCACAUUUUCCCAUAACUCUUAAGCUUCCAUAGCACUAUCAUAUCAUGUCCUUUUGCCAAGUUUUAGUGUUGUAGAAAUGUGGCUUUGCAGCUCCAGCUAUAAGGCCUUACAUUCUUGUGUAUGUUUUUUUCACUCUCAUUUUUUCUCUUUUUCUGCUUUUCUAGAAAAGGAAAGCAUGGAAGGAAAUUGAGGAGGUGGGGCACAAUCUGAAUGUCAUUUUUGGUACUUUCCUGUUGGUCCAUUAGAAAGAAAGUUAAUCAACUCAUGUGGGGUUUUCAGCAGCUGAGGUCAGGACUAUAACAGGUUGAUGCCGAAUAAUUCUGAGUUUAUAGAAUGGCAACAGUGGUUGCAUGGAGAUGCCCUCAUAGUUGUGAGUCAUCUGGAGCCUACUUAUCAUCUAUUAACAAUAGUUUGCUGUUAUGUUUUUUUUUUCCAAAAAAGAAAAGCAGUGCAUUUGAUUAUAAUGGUAUAGCUAUGAAGGAAGACAUGAAAUAAACAGAAUGACCAAAAAGAAAAAAAGGAUCACCAAACAGUCAGGGAAAUCAAACUACACUUACAAAUCUAUAAGUUUUCUUUCUUAGUACUGCAAUGUUUUAUAACUGAAGUGAGUUCUCUAGAACAGUACUAAAUAUUAUUAAACAUCACUUGAAACAAAACGCCAAUGUUCCAUGUAGAAUUGAGUAAAAAGUCUCAUUUUCUUCUUCCUUCUUCUUGGCUGAUCAUAUCAAGCUAGUCACCAAUAAAUACACACAUACACACACCACCACAGCCUCCCCAAAACAUCAGGAGGGUAGGGGGAAAGUAAAUUUGGGGAACAGAGGUCAAAGGACAAUCCACCACGCAAACAGAAAUCUUCUACAGCAUUGGAAUCAUUCACAGUACAAUAAUCUUCUCACCCAAAUAAUUUGAUAGUGACUUCUAUAAAUACAUUUUUCAACACUUUAUGCUAAAAUUCUCUGCACAGCUACAUAGAAAUAUAAUAGAAUAUAGUUCUGAGUUCCUGAGUUUAGACUACAUUAUGUGUUUCUGUCCUAUCAACAAUCCCAGCCUACUGCCUUGAAAAGACAAUAUGGCUAAAAUCCCCGGCUAUACAAUCUUUUGAACUUAAAAUAAUUUGUUUCUGAAUAGACCUAUAUUCAUUUGUAGGGCCAUCUUUUCCAAAUAUAUGCUUAUCUAUCUCUUUUAUAUGUAUUACUUUCAUGUAAAAGAGUAAUAAAACCAUCUUAAUUAAAAUGGGAAAUUUGCAGUUAGUGUCACUGGACUAUGGAUUCCAUUCCAAUCGCUUUCUUCUCUAAAUGGCAAUACGGUUUAGUAGCAGAUAAGGUACUGUAUUUUAACGAUAGUAAUAAAUGUCAGUUAUGGCCUGUUUUGAUUUGUUUGAUUAGCUUUUGUCAAAAGAUAAGCACUCUAUUCUACUGACAUCCGUGGUGUUGAUUUGAUAAAGAUUGAGAAGCAUGAUCUAGAAGGUGAGUAAUAACGCAUGCACUUCUCUAUAGUUACGGUUCUCUGUUAGCAGCUUGUUCUCCAUUCAUGUGAAACUUCAGCUGCCAGGUUACAAUGCAUGGCACUUACCCCCUUGCUGAUCUGUAUUGUUUCAAGUGUUAAGAUAAACUAGCUCAGGGGAUAUCUGUAUCACUACUAAAAGGGCACCAUGUUGUGUUUUGGUACUAUUAUAGCAAACCUUUGUAUUUAACUAUGAAUUGAGUACAUUCAAUUUCUUGUCUUCUCUGUUUAGAAACUUGAUAAUGCACCUGAGUUUCCUAAUGUAAGAAACUUUUAGAGUGCCUUUUUAUAUUUGUGUAUGCUGGAUAUCUACUAUUGUGAACAUGUUUUUCCUUCAUUUGAGUCAUACUGAAGCAAUAUAAUACCUAUAUGUUUUCGUUUCAAAGCUUUAUGACUUUGUCGUUUUUUUAAAAAAAAAACAUUUGCGUUGACAUAAAAUUAAUAUGCUAAAUUUGUAUAGGAAUUUAUACAUUUUCUUAUUACACAAAGCAAACCUUAAGUCAGUGUUAUUGAGAAGGAUGUUUUAAAAUGGUGACAAUCUUGGGUGUGUAUUAAAUGCAACUAUCCGUGUUUGUAAUGCAGUGACAUACAUUUUAAAAAGCCAAUAUCUAAUGUUUUGUAGUUUUGUCUGUAUAUUUUAUGCUUUUAGCAUGUGCAAUAUAUCUUUACAAACCAUGGUGUCAUGAAUCUGGUGCCAGUGUUACAUUUUGUAUGAAAUAUUUGUAAUAAACAGUAUGAAAUAUU